GCACUGAUAGGGUGAGGGCGCACCGCCGAGCACUGUAGAACGGUUCUCCGAAUCGUGAUUUGUGUUGAGAAGCUACCCAGAAUUUUCCUACGGGAAGUCCAAGCAUGCUCGAUCAGGAACAAUGCCCUUCGAAUGACGGUGCUGAGCAGCCCGAGCGCUCCACCGAUUGCCCGGCGAAGGAGCUCGAUUUGAAUAACGUGAUCCUGACCGAUAUGGUUGAAAAAGUUCGCUCUAUGAUCGAUGCGCGACGAUUGGCUUGGAGAGAACGCCGAGUUUUGGAAGAAAACUUCCUCCUCCACGUGGAAGCUCGUAAACAGAGAUUGGAUCAGCUUGCGAAAAUCGUCAAGCCCCAUGUGGAUGAGCCCUUUUGGCUGGACUUUCGGAGCUCCAUGUUAUCUGGGAGCGGAGAGUUCGAUGAGCCGAGAAACGCCGCCUGCGAUGGCGCAGGCGCCGGAACUUUUCAUCAAGCUUCGAUCUCACUGGCGAGCUCUGCUUUCGAAGUGCCAGAGCUGGAAAUUACGCGUAUCGAAGCCGGAGACACUUUUUUCGAAAGCGAAUUAAAUCAAGGAACGAACUUCGCGACUCCCCCCGAGAAACCGUUGGGCUGUAUGAAUUCUUCGAAGUUCGACUCGACGUUCACCGCAAAUCCUCAUCCACGGACAGCAUCUGGGUCCGACCACAAUGCACUCUGUCUCAAGUUGGUCGAUGAUCUGCUCCGUAUCAAUGAAAGCGGCGUCCCGGUCGCGGGUCUCGACGCCGCUGGUUCAAGAUCGUUCUGGUCCGAAAUUCUCGGAAGAGUCACCUACGCGAUCGCUCCGGACGAAGCGGUUUCCGCGGAUUCCAGAGACUUUCUAGCACUGCCUCAAGAGUCAACAGCUCGAGACUCUGGUGUGAGCUCUUGUCUAUUUCCGGACAAGAGUUGAGAGCGAUUCCCUUUUGGAUUCUGGGUAAGGACGAUGAGAAUCCGAUAUCAGACGGAUGACAUCGCUUGAUUGGAUGCAAUUUUAGUACAGAGAGUGGAAAUUUUACGGUUAUAAGAAUUCCUCCGAGUUCAUGUUACGCUUGGAGAUUCUUACUCAGGAUAUCAAGUGUUGGGAGUUGGCCUCCGAUCUCGGCGAGCACUUGAGGCUGAACGCUGAGGUCAGAAGCUCUCUCUGAGUACCAAUUCGAGAGGGCAAUAGACUUAUGGAGGCAGAUUGUCUACACGCACGUCCGAGUGCUUAUCGAUCGGUUAUCAUUGUAUAGUUAUUUCUUUGGAAUAUGAUCGAAUAUAUACCGGAUAUCUGAGAAAUAAAGCAAUGCAUCCUA